AUGGAGGUAGCCUUCAGAUUGAUACUGCGGAGGACCGUUCUCAAAUCCCAGAUACUGCGGCGAACAGCCCCCUGUCUUGUCUCGGUGCCAGCCUAUGCCCGUCCGAUCACGCACCGACAUUUCAGCUCGACACCGCGGAGGACGGCGGACCCUAACCAUGGGCCUUUCUUUGGCCUCGGUGCUGGAGGUUCGCCGCCCAUGGGCACUCCUACGACGUACUUCUCUAGCCGUCCCUCAUUGCCCGCAAACACUAUAAUCAGAUUUGUACCCCAGCAGACAGCAUGGAUAGUGGAACGAAUGGGGAAAUUCAAUCGUAUCCUGGAGCCUGGGCUGGCUAUUCUUGUGCCUUUCCUUGACAGAAUUGCAUAUGUGAAGAGUUUGAAAGAAGCUGCCAUUGAGAUUCCGAGCCAGAAUGCCAUUACAGCAGACAAUGUUACUUUGGAGUUGGACGGCGUGCUCUACACUCGGGUCUUUGAUGCUUAUAAAGCUAGUUAUGGCGUGGAAGAUGCCGAAUACGCGAUAUCCCAACUGGCGCAGACGACAAUGAGAUCCGAGAUCGGUCAACUGACUCUCGACCACGUUCUCAAGGAGCGUGCGGUUCUAAACACGAAUAUCACACAAGCCAUCAACGAGGCUGCACAGGAUUGGGGUGUGACUUGUCUUCGUUACGAGAUCAGAGAUAUUCAUGCUCCCGAGGGAGUCGUCGAAGCCAUGCACCGUCAAGUAACAGCCGAAAGAUCGAAACGUGCCGAAAUUCUAGACUCCGAAGGUCAACGUCAGAGCGCAAUUAACAUAGCUGAAGGUCGUAAACAGUCGGUUAUCCUUGCAUCAGAAGCUAUGAAGUCAGAACAGAUCAACAAAGCCAUGGGUGAGGCUGAGGCUAUCCGCCUAAGAGCCGAGGCUACUGCUCGUGGAAUUGAUGCCGUUGCAACAGCCAUCCAGGAGGGACAGGAAGCGGCUAGUGGCGCAAUCAGCCUUUCUGUAGCUGAGAAAUACGUCGACGCAUUUUCCAAGCUUGCAAAGGAGGGCACCGCUGUUGUUGUGCCUGGUAAUGUUGGUGAUAUGGGUGGUAUGAUUGCCAGUGCCAUGGCAGUGUACGGCAAGGUCUCUGAAGGACAGGCUAAGACGAUUGCUGCAAAGGCCAUCCAAUCUGGUGAGCCAAUCACUGAGCAGAAAACUACAUCCGAUGCGCACACUGCUACAAGUAAAACCACCCACUUCGAAGAUAGUGAGCAUUCCUCAACCGAUAAUACCGGGACGCCCCGAAAUGAAGUAGCGGAAAGCGUUCUCGGCGGAUUUGAACAGGCCAGCCACCGAGACCGGUAG